AUGAGUCCCGACCACCAACAGACAGGCUCAGGCACCAUGCGUCGCCAGUUAUUCUCGCUAUCAUCGGUCUUCCGCUCCCAAGCAAACAAGAGAGCUAGCAGCAUGACUGUUGCAGUACAGGAACAGCCAACUUGCCAAGAAAGAAUUCAUUACCCUGUGUUUAAUCCCCUAGAUCCUCGUCACAACCCAGACAUAUCGACCUUGUCGUGGCAUCCCCAAGGGCAAUGCAGUUCGUCUUCUGGGCCGCGUAGUCCAAUGGCAUGGGUCCAAUCUGUCUCCAGACGAUCUCUCCACAAAGCUCGAUCAGGUCUGUUGGCACUGAGGUCGGGUCUCAUGCACCGCUCAAGUGAAGAAGAAACCCUCGAUAAAAGUUUUGUUAGCCCCGUUGCUCUCAAGCGCGAAAGACAACAACACCGUGGAGUUUCAUCCGAGGCCCACACUACGGAAACACAAGAGGACCUGAAAUUUGGCACCGAACUAUCUCGCAUGGAUCCUACACCUUCCUCCUCAUCCGUCAAUUCUGAUGUGCACCCUCUUAUGCGUGCGCCGUCUAUCCAUUCGAUCCAUCGUUCACCUGCAACACUUCCCGCAUCUGAAUCCACACCCGAACUCUCUGAAAUUUCCGACCGAGCUGUAAGUAAUUCUAGGGUAAACAUGACUCUAGCCAGCGACCAUGAUCUUGACUUGCAAUUUGCUGGAGCCGGAGACUUGGGGGCAAAUAUGAAUUCAGAGGAUCACUUUACUCAUACCACACCAUCGACAGAGAACCUUUUAAUAGAGCAGACAUGGGGUGUUGCAAUCUCUACCGACGAAGAGAUCAAAAUGUCUGCCUCCGGCCUGGCAGAUUCUCGGCCAUCUUGGGGAGAACAUCAAGCAACAAAUCUACAGCAACAAAACAUCAGUCAUGCAAGUUCGGAUACAGAAAUCAAUGAUAAUCAAUCAAGUUCAGUUCCCAUCUCGAGACAGUGCUCCGCCGAAGUUCGAUUUGCAUUUCCAGGAAUCUAUCAAGAGGCACUGGACCAGUGGGCGAGGCAACAUGGUAGUCCCAGCCCUAGCCAGCACAUUAUCGACACCGGUCAUCACAGUCCCAAUCUCAGUCAACAAACUCUCAACCUCAGCCAACACAAUUCUAGCCCCAGUCAACACAGCCCCAAGCUUGAGGAGGAAGAAGGGAUCCGGUGUGCUUCUCAAGAGCCACUCGAAUGCAUUGUGCACCAGGAUGAUACAUACAGCAACAUGUCUGCAUAUCAUGAAUACGAUGAAAGCCUCAUACCUCUGGUGCCCCCACAAACCCCAAUCGCUCAUUCUGAAGAGACACAGUCAUUUUCUUAUCCAAAUCCCCUCAAUUUCAUCUCCAACCGGAAUUUCGGCCAAAGACGGUCGUCUAUCUCCGAAAGAGCAACCACACAAUGGUCAAGCGUUGAAGAUUAUUCAGGCCGUUACACACCCGACAAUACCACAUCGCGAGAUAUUACAUCAACGGAAAUGACCUCAAUGGAAUCAAUGUCGAACGAUACAUGGUCUCCAAUCGACUCUGAGGUCCUGUUCCCAAGCCCGGUGGAGGAUGGAAAUGGGUAUUUCCUUUUUGAUGGCAAAACGAACAGCCAGUAUCCGGACAGAGGGAAUGAGCCGGCCAAAUCAGCACAUAAUACCACCAGCAACUCUGGUAAUACCAGAGGAUCUCAGGAACUAACUGGGGGGUCUCUCCAGGGAGCCUGUCCCUACGGCUCAUACCCAAUGGCAUUCCCGGUGCAGGAUUGGAUUUUGUGGAAAAGGAUACAGACGACGAGUUUUACCCUGGGAUUGUGCAACCAAGACAGGCUUGGUGAAAUUCUUCGUUAA